AUCUGGCAGCACUGUUACUUCGGGAAAAAAUAAACUACAACAAAACCAUUAAUUAAACUAGGAAGGCGCUGCGUUACAUCAAUUGAGGAAGCCGAUCAUCGGCUAAUCGCUGUACGUGGAAGACUCGAGAACCGGCGUCUGGAGACGGCGGCCUUGAAGGCGUUGAGUUAAGGCGCCGAUUUUCGCCCACAGCCCUGAGAAAUUGAUGCCGCGGCAGAGGAAUCUCGCCCAGAAACCGCUCGGCCCGAAAUAAAUCGCACAGUUAUGGUUGCGGCUUGCAAAUCGCCAGCGGAAGAGUGGCCACAGUGAGGCCUCCUAGCACGAACCUCGCAGUCUUUCACACAGAGCAUGGAAAGCACGGACAGCAGCGACAGCAGCGGGGAUAGUUUAAAGUCCAUUCCCCGGCCGGACUUCGAGGCCCUCUCCGCCAUCGGCAGCCCACAGCCGCAGUUGCAGAGCUCCUCGCUUGAUGGCCACAUCGAGAUGGAGCCGGUCAUCAUGCCCAGCAAGCGUCAAAAGUAUAUGGUCAGUGCGCUGCCUGGCUCGGCCAACUGCAGCAGCAACUCGUCCAGCUCGAGUCCCUCCAACAUCAACGUGGGCUCCUCGCUUACCAUGAAGUUGACGAAGGUGCAGCCACAACAGCAUCAGGCCAAGUCCUCCACGCCAAACAACAAAGCCAAAGUAGCCAAGGAAAUGCUUGCUCUGCAGCGCUCACACAUCGAAUCCGAGGUGCUCAGCAACUUUGUGACCGGUGUGUCCAAGCUGAAGCGCCGAAAGUCGCGCAAUUUGCCCGGGAAUCUCGCCACGCAGGCAGCAGGUGGAGAGCUAUCCCGCAGCUUAAAUGCCUCCUCCAAAAACGAAAAAAAAUCUCUAAAGGUUGCCCUUAAGCGGAGCAAAAGCAUUCCUGCUCCCAUCCUCGACUCCGAUGACGACUGGCAGGACGAGGACAUCGACAGGAGCAUUAAGAUCUGCAGACCGAGAGGACGAUCGAUGGCCUUCGAAGAUGGCGAGCGGCUGGCGGAUCUAAAUGUGGAGGACAGCAACAUUGAGCCCCCAUACUCAAUUGCCACCCGCUGCCGGUCCCGAAGCAAAACUUUAUCCUUGAGCAACAGCUGGAGCAAUGAUGACAAGGGCCCACGACGCAGCAAUCUACGCAGCGAGAACGAGGAGUUCGCGAAAAAACAUAGUGCUUUUCUUGAUCGCGUAAUCCAUGAUGACCGGGACUCGGAACUGGUGUUGAACACAUCCGGCGAAGGCGAUAACUCGCUCUUCUCGGAUGUCAGUGACACAAAGACGAUAACGGCCAAAACCCAAGAGGAGGAGGCGGCCGAGCGGCUGGUUCUCAUUUAUGAGGAGCCACCAAUGCCCGGCUGGGACCCGUUCUGCUGGAAGUGCAAAGGGUGCGGCAAGCUGAUGCCUUGCUCCAAGUGCCUGCGCUCCUUUCACACUCACUGCGUCCGACCCACCACCAAGUUCGACUCCGGCUGGAAGUGCCCCGAGUGUCAGGUGAUCGAGGCAGUUCCCAAGAGACUGCGGCGCAAUGGAGUUUCAGUGGAUCUACUAAGCCAGCUGCUUUCCUUCGCCCUGGACCGUAUGAAGCAUGUGCGCGGGGCCCAUAAGCUCCGGUCGCCGCAAGAGGUCUUUCCGCUGACGUACAAGAAGUACUUUGUGAACCCGGUGAGCUUCGAGAUCCUGGCGCAGUGCAUCCGCAAUGGGGCCUACCAAAGCACUGAGGAGUUUCUCGGCGAAGUGAAGUGGAUACAGCACAACGCUCUUAUCCUGGAUGCCGGCGAUGCCAAAGUGGAACAGGCCGCCAAGGCUUUGGUGAAGGUGUGCCGACAGGAGGCCAACGAAAUCGACACCUGCCCCGAAUGCUAUCUAAAUGCCAAUUCCAGCGACGAGUGGUUCGUGAAGGUGUGCCGGCAUCCGCAUCUCCUGCUCUGGGCGAAACUGAAGGGAUUCCCCUAUUGGCCCGCGAAAGCCAUGGGCUCAUCAAACGCUACGCUAGUAAAUGUGCGAUUCUUCGGCAAACACGACCGAGCUUUCGUGCCCGUUAAGGACUGCUUUCUUUAUUCGGCUCAGAAUCCAAACACGCAGACCAGCCGGAGAUCAGCUAGGGAUUUGGCCGAAUGCAUCAGGGAGGUUGAGGUUCACAUCGACCAAAUCAAGCGGAAGAUUGGCGCGUUUAAUUAUGCUCCCUAUCGCACCCCUUACGAUCCUCUGGAGGAGCAACAACAACUGGAGCAGAUGAUGCCUGGCGUGUAUGCGGCUAUCGACAGGGAACUGGAGCCGGCCAAUAAGACACCGCUGCAGUUUCUUAUACGCAAGACCGCGGACGACAAGCUGUCCAUAGUCAAGAAGACAAAGGCGACAGAAUCAGGAAACGAAUCGGAUCAGUCGCCCAGUCCUACGAAAAAGCUUUCGGAGGUGGAUAUUGUUCCUGUAACUGGGGCCGGGUGCAGCGAUCACUCAAAGGUGAAGAGCAACAACUAUGAGGUUAUACCCAGAUCUGGUGAAUCGUUGACCGACUCUCGUUGCAAGGUUUUGCUCAAACGGAAAUCUCUAGCUGCCAAAAUAGUUUCAGAAUCCGUGGAAACUUCAGAAGCGGCGGCAUCAAAACGCAAACAUUCUCUGAGUGAUGCCAGUUACACCAGCGAAUGCAGCGAGCACAAACGCAAGUCAAAGCAUGCUAGGAAACAACAGGAACAGGAUAAUCAAAUUGAAGGGCUAGAAAAAACUGGCCAAGAGCCUUCAAGAUCUCCUAAAAUCGCACCACAGGAUGAGAAACUACAAGAUGCAGAGACUGUCAUAGAAAGUGCUGUCAAUGAAACUUCCACCGCAUCCCCGGUAUCUGCGUCUGUGGUUUCUGUGGUGGAAUUGGUCAGACGACGCCAGGGAGUGACCAUCACAAAGAUACCACGCGAGCAACAGCAGACAGCAGAGGACACAGCGGUGGCACCCAUUCCUCCUCCAACAGCGCCACCUCCCAAACAAAAUACCCCAAAAGGAAUUGAAGCAGCGAACCCAAAACAAUCCGAUGUCGAGAGACAACAAGAACAGCUCAUUAAAAAAGUAAUUCCGUUUAUAGAAAUUAAAACCGAGGUGAUGUCGGAGCCAGAAGACGAAGAAAUUGAGGAAAGAUCAAUUGAGGUUAAUCAAACUCCAACUACUGAAGUUCCCAUGCAACAGGAGACAGUCACAGCACAGCCGGAAUCUCAAAUGCCAGUUGCAGUGCCGGCUCCCCAACCCAAGCCAGUGGAUAUUGUACCUUGUGAAGAAGUCAGAAUCAAGGAAGAGAUUCUCAGCGAAGAAGAAAUGGAAACAGAGCAGUCUAAUGUGAGUCAGAGGUUUAAGUCUGUGCCACCGAUGCCAUUGCCUAUGCCCCCGCCUCCUCCCUUACCGCCACGAGAGGAGACACCCGCAACGAAUGACCUGGUUCGAUUUGUGGGCGACACCACAAUCCAAAGGGUAGGCCAGAAACAGGGAGUCAAGUCGACGGAUUCAGCAGGAAAACGUAAAGGGCUUCAGCAAGUUCCCAUAGCAGGCACACCCCAGGCACCCUCUCCAAGUCACUCGCCUGUCCAGUCAACUGCACCUUCACCUUCGGCAUCACCAAAGCCCACUAGCACUCUUGCUGUUAACAAGCCAACGCCACCACCCAAAGGAAAGUCUCCGUCACACCUUCAAUUUAGGGGGAAAAACGAUCGUAUCCCAACCUCCCCGCCGGGGACUGCUCCCCCAGCCACCACCACGUCUUCUUUGCUCAGAUCCAACAUGGUAGUGAUUCCAGUGGAGCAGGGCGGCAGCUGCCAUCCACACAGUCCUAUGACUUUCCCGGUUCCACCAUUGAGGGCCGUUUCAAAGAACACGCUGCAGAAUACCUCAACGCUACCAACUUCCUCUUGCGUUCCCAGCUCAGUAUCUAUGCCCCCACCACUAGCCGGUUUGACUGUUCCUCCAAUGGCCACGUCCACAUCACAGGAAGACUCAAUUACCAACAGUGUACCAUCCGGGGGUCUACUGGCCAGCGCCUUAAACGGAACGGCAAACGACUCCUUGCCCAGUGAUUCCAUUCCUAAUGAUCCCAUAACUCCGGGCUUGGCCACGGCAUUAAGUGAAAUGCUCCUGCACUCCGGUGCGCCAAAGUUGGUAGCUCGCCCACGCGGGCCUCUCCGAUCGGAUGGCUCCCAAAUCUAUCCCUCGCAAGCCGGACCGGUCUCGCAAAAACUGAAGGAGAACGCACACAAGAUUACCGACUACUUUAUAUCCGUCAUCGAAGAUACGCUCAGCGACAUGGCUACUGGAGACCAGAGUGUCCUGCAGGCCCGGAUUGCCGGGUUGUCGCUGGAGAACGAGCGUCUGAAGCAGCACUACGACCGCCAGAUAAACGACUUGCAUCGCACAAGCGAGCUGAUGAUUGCCGAGAUGCGAAAGACAUUGGAGCAAGAGCACAAACGCGUGAUCUGCGAUCUGCGACAGCAGAACGCCAUGGAGCAGAUGCGGGCGGUCGAGGAGGCCAAGAGGAAGCAGUGGUGUGCGAAUUGCAUGCGUGAGGCACAGUUGUACUGCUGUUGGAAUACCUCUUACUGUGACUAUCCCUGCCAGCAGUUGCACUGGCCUAGACACUCUGCCUCUUGUGGUCAGUCUGUGCCAUCGGCAAUCCCAGUUCCACCUACAGUUCCGGCUCCGGUAAUAGAGCCUGGCCGUUCCAAAUCUAAAGUGGCCACGCCAACGCCGACUCCAUCGAUAACAAGCCCAAGUCCCAGUUCGCAGAUAAUGCGAACAGUAGCGCCCUGUCCAUCCGCACCACCUAUUCCCAGCGCAGCAAGUUCCAAAAAGUGGCCACCUAUGAUGUCGUUGAUGAACCAACCCAAUCAGGAGGCCAUGCUCAAGCUGCCCGCCACUACAUACCUUCGGCCAGUGGUCAGCACCACGAUGACAGCUCCUGUGACCGCCCCGCCACCAGCGAAUAGCAACAGCAUGAACGUAAUAAUGGCACCCACACCACCGCCAGGAAAUAAUAUGGCCACUUUAAUGUCCGCACAGCGAACUCCCCCCAACUACAAUGCCAAGCACACCAAUCAAGCGAUGCCCGUGCAGCGCUUUAAUAUUCCUUUGCCCAUCACCGUAAAUGCGAAUGCACCCUUCAUGAUGGCAGAGCAGCAUCAGAAGCAAGUACCAAAAGCUACUGGUCGCUCAGGAAAAAACAAUAAUCGAAUGCGCCAAACCUACAGCAACAAUAUCAACAACAGCAACCCACAGGGUAUGCGCAGCAAUAACAAUCCGCAGGCUAUCCGCCAGAAUCAAAUGAAUCAACAGGUAUUCCAGCCAUAAAUCGUAGACGACUAGCAAACUUUACGAUAGAUUUUCACCUGGAAAGACUGCUUGCAAUUCAGAUAAUAAUUUUCUUGAUAUUCCGGAGGAACUCGUUAAAACAUCGAUUUACUUGGCCCAUUACACAAAUGGUCAUCGCAUGUAUUUGGGCUUUAAUUCUUUAAAUUCACCCGAGCGCAGCUAUUGACGAUGGUUUUCUUUUAGAUUAGGUUUAGUGACGAAAGUGUAAAAUAAUAUUACCGUUCAAUAAUUACUUGUAAGACUCGAUAAACUCUAUUCUAGUAUUGCUGGUUUUACUGUAACCUAACCGCCUAGUAAGUAAGACUCAUUGCGAAGCCAUCAGAUGGACUUUGCCUAAUCAUAGCAACUAGUAGUCUGUAAGGGCAUCCCAUUUUUCAUUUUAAUCGUGCUGUAAAUUGUUUUUCUCAUUUGUUUUACAUACCUUGUAUGUAUAUUUAAAGCUAAGCUGCAACGUAAAUAAAGGACAAUUAAUUUUUUGGGUAAUAA